UCAGAUUGAUCGGUAAUACUGCCAACACUUUAUGUAAAAAUAUCCCAGAGUACCAUGAAUGUGGGAAUAUUUUGUGUACCUUCGUUCAUUUGUUUCCAAGGUCGUAGACCACCGAUUCUUAUUAUUAUUCCAUAUAACAAUUUUGUUUGCUUUUGAGAAUAGAGGCAUGUGGCUCUAAGCAGUUUUAGUGUAACAUGAAAUGUAUGAUUGUUAAGUUGAUGCCAUUCGAGAUAUCAAAUUCCAUCUAUAGCGAUACGCUUGACGGCGAAAGUGAUCUUUUGAAGUUGACAGCGAGGAGUUUGAAACUGGAUGUUUUGAUUUUGUUCAGCUAAUCAAAAUUGUAUAGUGUGCAUAAAACGGGUUAAUCAGUACUGCUCUUGAAUUUGUAGAUUGGGAAUUAGUGUACUGUUAUCGAAUUUCAUUACUUUUUUUGCAUAAUGGUAACCGUCCACAAUUUAUAUAUUUUUGAUCGCUAUGGGACAUUGUUAUACUAUGCUGAGUGGAAUCGUUUGAAACAGUCUGGAAUUACAAGAGAUGAGGAAGCAAAGCUAAUGUACGGAAUGCUGUUUUCACUGAAAUCCUUUGUUGGAAAAAUUUCUCCGUUGGAUACAAAAGAGGGUUUUUUGUACUACAAAACUAGUAAAUACGCUUUACACUUUUACGAAACACCUUCUGGACUGAAAUUUAUCCUUAACACUGAUGUUAAUGCUCAAAAUGUUCGAGAAUUGUUACAACAAAUUUAUAGCCAAAUUUACGUUGAGUACAUUGUUAAAAAUCCAGUAUGUAAUCUUAAGGAACCUAUUAAAAGCGAGUUAUUUAAGAGUAAGCUUGAUACUUUUAUCAAGCAAUACAACCCGUUAAAGUGAUAGAAAUGUUAUUAAAUUCAGAUGUUUAUGGUUGUUAUGUUGUUUAUUUAUUGCUUUUUGAAGAUUGUAUAUGUAAGAAUGUAAUUCUCUGCCAUGUAAAUUAUUGUAAGACAUUCCUUCAUAUAUCUUCAUAUAAUAAAUAUGAUUUCUCUUGUAUUAAGAUCGUAAUGUAUCCUUGUUACUAUAGUAUUAAAGUGCUGUGGUUUAGUGCUUGUGAAGCUUUCAUUGAUAAAGCAUGAAUUUUGUCCUUAGAUGGCAAAAAGAAAUCAGAUUUUUACAACACCGGUGCUAUACUCGACCAAAACUUUGAAAAGAAUAAUCAAGAUAUGUAAUACACUAUGCAAUGCAUCCACCGUAAUGGAUGGAUUCCACCAUAAAGUGUGUAAAAUAAUUCCAUGAAUUAGUGAAAAAUUCAUCUGUGAGCUGUGUAAUCAAAAACAUGAUCAAAACGGACUAAAGUCUGCAAAAAAUGAGAAAUCAGUUACAGCAAUAACAACAAUAAAUACCCUCUUGAGUGAACCUUCCUCCUUUGAUAAUAAUUGUCAUGAAAAGUCACUCUUGUCUGAUAAUGUUUAGGAGGAGGCAAAAGGUGUAUUGCUAUUGUAGUUUUAAAACAGCUGUGGCAAAUUGCAAUACGAUGAGUCAGAAGAGUAAUUUUUCAUAACCUCUUGAAUCUUUAACACUACUGUUAUGGACUUUUUUUUUAAGUGACUUCUAAUAUUUUGUAGCAAAAACUAGAUAUUUGGGAGUUUAACUUUAGCUUCCUCAUUACAAUGUGUAAUUAAUGUAGCAAAAAAUCUUUAAUUGGAACUGGCCUCAAUUAUAUCUUGUAUGGCAAAAUAGCCCUUUCAAUGAGAGAUGUUUUAUUUCCUUCAAAGAGCCAUGGAUGCUAUUCGAAAUCAUUAAGAAAGUAGUUAUUCUUUGGCCAUUAGAGAUUUGUUGUAGUUUUAAUGGGUUUAAACAGUAAAGAAACAUUCAGUUUUGGGUUUUGUAAUAAUUCAUUGACAUGAAUCAAAC